GACUGAUUUGCAUACACAACACAAGUUCUUUUAGUAGGACCAUGCAGACGGAGAUUAGUGGAGGACUUUUAUUCUAUAUUGUCUAAGAACUAUGAACCUUUCUAAGUGGACGAAGCGCGUUAAACUUUCAUUUGGCUUAUGUAUAAUAGUAUUAUUAUUAUUAGGUUAUAAGGUAUUCCAGAGCGGAGAAAAAUUCGGCGACAUACGUCUCGAAUGUGUUUACCGUGGCGGUGCUUAUUUAAACAAUACAAGUUGGGGAACUGGAAAAUUCCGUCCUAAACAACGACUACACCUCGUGACAAACUACCCGAUAAUGUAUUUGAAACCGUGGUCGCAAAAGCAAAGUGUAUCAAACAUCGAUCUGUUUAAAGAACGACAGGAAGAAAUCGAAGAAACUCUUCAACGAAACCUAGAUCAUCCAUUCGUUAGUACUAUUCACCUUUUCAUCAAUCAAGACACUGCCGAAAAGCGUCUAAAUAACAUUACAUUAAGAAAUAAACACAAGAUCACCAUCGUUCCUUACACAGGAAUGCCAUCGUACAAACAUUUCUUUACUUAUAUUAACAAGCGACUACAAAAUAAAGUACUUGCUAUAACAAACAUGGAUGUUUACCUUGGAGAAGGCUUUAAUAAUUUGAAUGUUAGCUUCUUGAAAAGCGAAAACAUUGCGUAUGUGUUAACCCGGCAUGGUAAAAAAGAGAAGCGAUGUGAUUUGACCAAAACACACGGUUAUUGCGAAAUAAGCUAUAGUGGAUCUCACGAUACUUAUAUAUUGAUAUUUACAAAGCCUAUCAGCGAUGAGGUAUUGAACAUAAUGGACAUUGAUAUGAAUCGUGGGAGAAUUGACAACAGACUUCUCUGGGUUUUUAAAAAUAAACUAAGGAAGAAUCUUUUAAAUCCUUGUCGAUAUUUAAAGACAUAUCACAAUCACUGUAUUAAAAUUCAUGGACAAAAAAGAUAUAAUAUGAUCCCAAAGGAAGGAAAAUAUCUCAGGCUUUUACCAACUGGUUUCUGUACGCUUAGCUGCGACGACGAUUGUAACCAGAAUAUCGACGACGAUUGUAACCAGAAUAUCGACGACGAUUGUAACCAGAAUAUCGACGACGAUUGUAACCAGUAUUUCGUUUUUGUAGAUUUACAUCAGUAUCCUUAUUGUUUCUAUAUAACAUGAUUUGUUAAGUCAGUCACUUAUUGUUCAGAAACGCUUGAGGAUCAAUUACUUGUGGGAGCUAAUAUUUAUGUAUGCACUUUCUACUUUAUUAAGUUCUAUUAAAAUCAAAUUUAAUUAGGGAUUAUAAGAAUCCCAAUAUUAA